AUGCGGGACACGAACACAGCCUACAACGCCAAGGAGGACGAGAAAGAAGAGGAGAUAAAAAAGCUAGAGGGCCAGGUGAAGAAGGCGCGAAGGGACCGGCAAAGGGGCGAGAGAGAGGCCGGGGCCGAGAGGGAAGGCUUCAAUGCGCAAAUCGCAGGCCUUGAGGAACGCAAUGCGUCUCUCCAGUCUCAUCUGGAAGAAGAAUCGCGCAAGAAUCUAGCGCUGACGACGCAGAUCGCAGAGAAGGAGAGCGAGCUCACGCAAGCCGAGGCAGAUCACGAGAAAAGGGUGAAGAACCUCAAAAAAAGGGAGAAGAGGAAAGAGAAAGAGGCAGCCGAGGACAGAGGCGAGCUUGAGAGCGAACUCAAGAGACGAGACAAGAAGAUCGAGGACCUCAAGAAGAAACUAAGAGACCAAGAAGAAGAAAAAGAAGUCGACCCGCAGUCCGAGGAGGAAGACAGCCUGCUGAAGCGAAUGAUGAGGCAGGUGCGCGAGCAGGAAGAGAAAAUGAAAGACGUUCUUUCUGCGAUGGAAUAUUUUCGUCUGCAAGAAAUGGAGCCGCCUCGAGACCCCGAGGCGCCGGGCGCUGGCGAGCCCUCGGCCGUGGGCGGGAGGAGGAGGGUUCGGGGAGCAGCUGGCAGCGGCGACACUCCGCCAGCAGCUGCCAGGGACGGGGCGAAAGCAGCGGCAGGCGGGGGAGACAAGCCUCGGCAAGCAACUGGCAGAAAGGGCAAGGCCAGGAAGGCACCGGAGGACGACGAGCCUUUGUCAGCAGCGGGCAGGGAUGAGCGUCCGGAGGCAGCAGGCACGAGGGAAAGGUGCGGCAAAGGGCAGACAGGAAGGCCGAGGGCGAGGAGAGUAUCGAUUUCAUCCUCUCAUUUGGGUAAACGAGAACAGGUCAAGGGUCAGGCGGUCUGUGCCAAGGUGGCCGGCUUACGGGAGCAGUCUGAGGAUGCGGGAAGCGAGAAGACGCGGCAGAUGUAUACUGAUGACAUUGUACUUCUAGAUCUCAAGACAAGAACAGAUUCCAACAAUUUCGCAAUCAUUCUGGCAAUGCUACGCAUAUACUUUAUAUCUGGACAAGUUGAUUUCAUGAAAUGGUCAAGUCAGAUACUAACAACUUUGAUCGACACAAACAUCAGGAAACGCGAUUUCAUGGAACAAUCUUCAAGUCUGUACACGUCGGCCACAAACAACGAUGGACUUGCCAAACAUCUGGAAGAAUCGGUCCUCGGAUCUACAAGGAGGAAGCUGCAGGCGGGCCUAAGGAGGGAACAUCACACGCUUGUUCAAGUUUCCGAGAUUAUAGCUUGCCGCUACAAGAACGGCGAAUAA